AUCAAACAGAUCUUAUAAUUGGAUUUACAAUUCAAGCAGGUGUUAAUAAGUUGGAUGUUAUAGCAAAGAUGCAGUGUAUCUAUCUCUGUGCAAAAAAGCAUCUUGCAAUUGAUGCAUUUUCUAAUUUAGUUGAAUUAGUAAAUCUUCAAGAAAAAAAUAAGACUGAAUUAGUAUUUGAUCAACCUCCAAUUACGCUUUUACCAUCAUCUUUUGGUCCAAAAAAAGAUUUGAUUAUAUCUGAUAAUCCAAGCAAUCAAACAAAUUAUAGUACAUAUAAAAAUCCAAUAGCGGGUGCGGAGUUUUUACAUGCUAUUGCAACAGUAAUUGAAGAAUCAGUUUUAAAUAAGAUUCGUAAAUCACCAUCUUGGAAUUUAUUAAUUGACAAAAGUAAUACUAUUACACAUGAUAAAAUAUAUGCAAUGGUUAGCAAACACAUGGCGGAAAAUAUUUCUAUACUUCAUUGA